AUGACUUCGGAGAAAAUAACGCAGCACCUGCAUUGGUUUGAAGAGUACGAAAGGCUCAGAGAGAAAAAUAAAGUGGCAAUACAGCAGUGGCGGGACUCCAGAAGAAGGGAAAAUGACAAAGUGAAUGAGAAGAAAACUAGAUCUCGUAAAAGUUCCACGGCUUCAGCCGAAGAAGCAGAGGGAGAGCAGAAGAAGAUAGAAAUUACAAAAUGGAAGAGACAAAAGGAGGAAGAACGAGAACUGCAGGAGCAGAAAUUAAAAGAGCAAAAAGAGGCCGAGAGGUUGUUUCAGAAAAUUGAAAGAGAAAAACAGUUGAAAGUGAGAGAAAAAAUAUUGACUGUCAGGCAAGAGAGGCAAAGAGCAGAAGAGAGUGCCAAGAUUGAAAGGAAACGAAUGGAGGAGGAAAUCAGAAAAGAAAGGGCAGAGGAAGCUAGGAAGAUGAUAAAAACAUACAGAAAACUGGACGACAUGCAUGUGGAAAAAAUGAAACUUAUGCGCAUUACAAGAAAAGAGAAGAAAGAUCCACCAAGAGUACCAGAAAUGGUGUCCAUUCCGAGAAACCCUGACCGGCUUUUGCAAAUGACAGAAGUGUGGAGAGCCAAGUGCAAAAUUGACGAGCUUGAGAACAAAACUAAAUUCCCGAAACCUGUCAUUCACGUCAGGAACAUCCCUCAUCUAAAAGUUCCGGAGUGGAGAAGAGGAAUUAGUUCAACAUAAAAUUAAAUCACAAAUGAUCUUCUUUUUAUUACUUUUUGGCCAGGUUUAUUUGAUUAAGCGCAGGUUGUUGAGUACAGGAGAAACGCAUAUCAGUGAAAUUGAGGGAUUUGCCUCGUAAAAAUUUUGCCCAAAAGGCACUCUUUCUCAUGCUCUAACUUACUCAUCUAGACGUGUGGACCAACUUCUUGUAAUCUUAAUUAUUGAGGACUAACAAUAGUAUUUCAACAAACAAAUCAACCAUCAAACAUAAUUAUUAUUAAUGCUUAAAACUUGAAAACGCAAUAAAUAAUAAUACGCAUUGAAAACAGUUUUAAUUUUGUAAAGUCGUUAUUUCGCGCAAUCACAAAUGGCACUAAACCUUGCUUGCAAGUCUCGCAAAUGGGGAAUUUAGAAAAUGGGUGGGAAUUAGCGGCAAAAGUCUAACCUGCUUGGCUCACUGGACCUUGCUCUUGGCCGGAACUGCAAUAUGCGCCAUCAAGCCGUAGAAAAUGUUAAA